CAACGCCACCCUUUCUCCUCGUCCGCGAUCCGGACAAACGCCAAGAUCGUACAAAAUCCCCGAGUCGACGAGGACGGAAAGGAACUUACAAUCAAGAUCUCCCCGCGGGCCGCAGAACGGCUCCGCGAAAUCACAAACCCAACCUCCUCUCCCUCCGCCACGAAGGAAGAGAAUCCCUAUCACCACCUUCGGAUCACAGUGACCAGCGGCGGCUGCCAUGGAUUCCAAUAUAUGAUGUCCCUCGAGGCCGCCUCAAAGAUCGAUCCAGAAGAAGAUACUGUCUUUGAAGCGGAGGAGCAAGAGGUCGUCGCCGCCGGACCCGGUGAGGCCAAAGUUGUCAUGGAUGAACCUUCCCUGGAGUUGCUUCACGGGAGUACUGUGGACUACACGAUGGAGCUGAUUGGAAGUCAGUUCAAGAUCGUCGACAACCCGAGAGCCUCGAGCAACUGUGGUUGUGGAACGAGUUUCGACGUGGUCGAUUAG